CAGAUGCUAGAGAGAUAUUGCUAUGGAUUUCUUACUGAUUCUAUUGUUCACCACUGUUCAUUGCUUAUUCAAUCCUGCCGGCGCAGCACCGAUUCCCUUAGAAAUGGUUGAUAUGACUCAUGUGUUUGACAACGACACUCUACACUGGCCGACAGCAGACAAAUUUCAGCUCUUAGUUAGGAAAAAUGGAACAACGGAGGCAGGAUAUUGGGUUCAAACGGAAAGUUUAUUCUCUGGCGUGCAUGUCGGAACCCAUAUGGAUGCUCCAUGCCAUUUUGCCAAAGGUCGUUGGUGCAUUGAUAAGGUUCCCCUAAACCAUUUAGUUGCUCCAGCUGCCGUUAUAGACAUUACCAAACAAGCUGAAGACGACAGAGACUAUCUCGUGAAAGUCGAAGACUUGAUGAAAUGGGAAAUAUUGUCCGGUAAAAGCCUUGAUGGCACAAUCGUUAUGUUGAAGUCCGGAUGGGGUCAAAGAUGGGGAGACAGAGAGUCCUUUACAGGGACUCCUGGCUACGAUAUUACUCAGUUACAUUUUCCGGGAAUGUCUGCUGAAGCUUCAAAGUGGUUAGUUGAAAAUAGAAGUGUGUACGGUGUGGGCACAGAAACGUUGUCAACUGAUAAUGGAAGAUCUCGAGACUUCAUCACACAUAGAAUUCUAUGCGCGGCUAAUAUUUUUGGAUUAGAAAAUGUGGCAAAUGUGGAAAAAAUACCUCUUUAUGGAGCUACUUUAUAUGUAAUGCCAAUGAAAAUAGGAAAUGCGAGUGGAGCACCAGUUAGAAUUAUUGCCACUUUUCCGAAACCUAUGUCUUCAGCUCAAAGCUGUUUGAAACCAAUACCCUUUCACUAUUGAAUAAAACAAAGAUUGUAACAUCUCCUUAAUAAAUAGACUCAAAUGAUUAAAGAAGCUUUAACAAGUACUACAUAUUUACGUAGGUUUGAAUAUUUGUCCUACAUAAAACUUUCGAAACAAAAACUUUCUAUGUAAUCUGUUAUAAUUUUUUUUUUGUUCUGUCUUUUUUCUUCAGUACUUUUUAUGAUCAUUUUAUUUUUUUAUGAUUCAUUUCAUUUAUAACCAGCAAAAACAAGAAAGUUAUGAUUCAACUGGUUUCAUAUGAUAAGCUUUAAUGAUAAUAAUAUUGCUGUAUGCUGAGAAAAUUGAAGCAUUACAACAAUAUAAACAUUUCUGAGAGCUUCGCGAAAGGACUUAAUUUCCUAAUAACGGAUUAUCUUGGAAUUUCAAUACUCACAUCUCUCUUGGAAAGCAAAACAUUUUUAUUCUUUUCAUUUGGUUUUUUGGAGUAUUCAACGUUCCCCUUUUAAAAAAAAAUUCAGAAUAAAUACAUAGAUAAAAAGUGCUAUCUAAAGAUAGGUAAUUGUUACAAACUCACAACAGUUAUGAAAAUAGCAUAUUAUUUGAGAAAAAGUAUCAUUUAAUGAGACUACAGAUUUCGAAAAACAGCCUUAAUUGAUUUUACUGAAUGUUAAUUCUAAUUGUGAUGCUAUUUCUACUAUAUUUUCUCAGGUCUUUUUGGACUCAAGUUUUAACUUGGUUUCCUAGUGAAUAUGUUGCAUAUAUUUUGUAAAUACUACUUAAUUUUUGACCACAUAUUCAUUACUCUAUUUUGUUUUUCAAUUUUUUUGUUUUGUUUUCAGACCUUGCUAUGUUAAUUUCAUAAUCUACAUUUUCAACAAAAUCUUAUAAUCUAAUCACCAAACCAUUAAAUUAACUCUCAUCGAAAAAAGAAAAAAAGCUAUUCAACGAAAUGUAUUUUUAAUAAAUAAGUACACCUGGAUUACUAAUAGAAGUUUAUUCAAAGUAAAAAGUUGAGUUAAAAGUUUUUUUUUUUUAAUUAUCUAUGAAAUAGUCUAGUAUUUUGUUUGUU